CUAAGCAUUUGCUCUUCGCAGGCCUCGUAUUUCAAACCCCUCUCCAUUUUAAAAAAAAAACAUCUCUACUCUCUCUCUCUCUCUCUACAGCAUUUGUUCCACGAGUCUGCAACAUUUGAACCUCGAAUCUCUCUCUCUACAGCAUUUAUACUCUCUCUUGUUUUCUCUCUCUAGGGUUGUGUAUCUAUGAAAGUGAGGUCCUGCGACCUGUUAGUGCAUGCGGUAUCCAGGUUGGCGUGUGUCCGACUUUGAAGGCACGCUCGCACUGAAAUAGCGGGCAAGGAAUUCGUACCCACCACCCUUUGCCGCUAAUCCCCUGCCUUCCUCACCUUCCUUCCCCUGAGUUUUAGAGAGAGAAAGACGAGAGAGAGCUCGAGUUUAAGAGAGAGAUAGGAGAGCCGGAGUUCUAUUCCUUUGAGUUUUAGAGAUAGAGAGAGACAGGAGAGAAAGAUGGGUUCGCAGCAGAAGAAUGUGGGGAUCCUCGCCAUGGACAUUUACUUCCCUCGAGCGUGCGUUCAGCAGGAAUCCUUGGAAGCCCAUGAUGGAGCAAGCAAAGGGAAAUACACUAUUGGACUUGGGCAGGAUUGCAUGGCUUUCUGUACAGAGUUGGAAGAUGUUAUUUCCAUGAGUAUGACAGUUGUGUCAUCCCUUCUAGAGAAAUACCAAAUUGAUCGAAAACAAAUUGGUCGCCUAGAAGUAGGCAGUGAGACUGUUAUUGACAAGAGCAAGUCCAUAAAGACAUGGCUGAUGGAUCUCUUUGAGGAUUGUGGCAAUACAGAUAUUGAAGGAGUUGAUUCUACAAAUGCAUGCUAUGGAGGAACUGCAGCAUUAUUGAAUUGUGUAAAUUGGGUGGAGAGUAACUCUUGGGAUGGGCGGUAUGGCCUUGUUGUAUGCACAGAUAGUGCGGUUUAUGCUGAAGGACCAGCACGACCUACAGGAGGAGCUGCCGCUGUGGCGAUGUUGAUUGGACCAAAUGCACCGAUUGCUUUUGAAAGCAAAUAUAGAGGGAGCCAUAUGUCUCAUGUUUAUGAUUUUUACAAGCCUAAUCUUGCAAGCGAGUAUCCAGUUGUUGAUGGGAAGCUUUCGCAGACUUGCUAUCUCAUGGCACUUGACUCUUGUUAUAAGCGAUAUUGUAGUAAGUUUGAGGAUUUGGAGGGAAAGCAAUUUUCAAUUCUUGAUGCUGAUUAUGUUGCAUUUCAUUCUCCAUAUAAUAAGCUUGUCCAGAAGAGCUUCGCCCGCCUUUAUUUCAACGAUUUUUUGAGGAAUGGCAGCUCUAUCAAUAAAGACGUGUAUGAAAAAUUGGGGCCAUUCUCAACCUUGUCUAGUGAAGAAAGCUAUCAGAGCCGGGAUCUUGAGAAGGUGACCCAACAAGUCGCAAAGCCCCAGUACGAUGUGAAAGUGCAGCCGUCGACACUGCUACCAAAACAAGUGGGCAACAUGUACACGGCAUCCCUUUAUGCGGCAUUUGCAUCAAUUGUUCAUAAUAAACAUGAAUCCUUGGUGGGUCAACGCGUAUUGAUGUUCUCCUAUGGAAGUGGUUUGUCUUCCACAAUGUUUUCAUUCAGAAUGCGUGAGGGUCAGCAUCCUUUUAGCAUAUCAAAUAUUGCAAGUGUGCUCAACGUAUCUGGAAAGCUGGAAUCUAGACAAGUGUUCUCGCCUGAGAAAUUUGUCGAGAUCAUGAAUCUUAUGGAGCACAGGUAUGGGGCUAAGGGGUUUGUCACAAGUGAGGAUAGGAGCUUGCUGAGCCCAGAAACGUAUUAUCUGAAGGAGGUGGACGCUCUGUACCGAAGAUACUAUGCCAAGAAGGUUGGGGAUGAUGGUGCGAGCAAUGGUGUGCUUGUCAAUGGGUCCUGACGUGGCAAUUCUCAAGAAACCAGUGGUAGUUAAGAAACCAGUGGUAGUUGGUGGAAAUAGGUUUAGCUUUUUUUUAGAGAUGUAUUUCCUUACACCAUAUCUUCUGUUCUUUUCUUGGGGUGGCUGCAGAAAAUGUGUUCUUGAGCAGCAUUUGUUGUGGGAAACUGUGGUUUAUUCCUCUACAUACUUUUUGCAGCCCCCUGAUCUCUUUAUCGGUAGCAUGCAAUCUCUUACCGAUCCGUAAAUGUUUUUCAGAUAAUUGGUUUUGGUUGUGAGAAAGGUCCUGGACCCGAGAUUUAAAUGAGG